AAAUUACUUCCUUAAGACAUUGCAAAUCAAAACCAAGUUUUAAUUAGAUUCGUAUAAUAUUUCAUGUCGUUGAGAAAUCAUAAACGUCUUGUCUGCAAUGGACCGACACCUUGCAGCAUCUGAUGGCGUAACUUAUGAUCUAAAAUGCAAAUGUGGGCUAUGCCCAACAAGUCAAGAGGAGUUGUAUUGGUAUGCCGAAGCCAAGGAGGUAAAAAGACUUCACAUACAACUAAAACAUCAGGCAGGAAGAGGACCUUGUGUUAUUUUUAUACUAGACACGUCUGCAAGCAUCAGAGGACAAGGCUUCAGAGAAUUAAAGAAUGCAUUCACAUCCAUUAUUGACGAAUCAUCGAAGUAUCCUGAAAUUGACGAAAAUAUUGCAGUCAUUAUUUGUGGUCAGAGAACAAAAUACCAACAAUAUUACUCCAAUGACUACAGUAAAAUUAUUCAUUGCAUCGAGGAAGUGGAAUGCAAGGGAUUGUCACCCUUGGCGGCCGGAAUGUUACUUUGUCUAGGAGCCACAGAAGAUGGGGGUGGAUACGUCAAAGUUUUGGAAAAAUUUUUUGUGAUGCCACGCAUAGUACUAAUAUCUGAUGGCAGACCCACGAAGGUAGGAUUGGUCCGCGAAGAAGAUGACUCCCCGAAGUAUGAAACUGAUUUAGCUAAAGAUCAGCUACUAAGAAUCGGAGUACGUAUUGGGAAAAAUUGUCCUAUCUUCUGUGUGCCGGUUGGAGCUAAUGCUGAUGUGGCAUAUCUAGAAGCUUUGUCAAGCACCUCAAAAGGUGGGAGAGUUGUGCAACUCCACGAAGUUCGGCAAUUUGGACGAUAUAGUAAAAAUCUGGAAAUAGCAGACGUCAUAUCACAUUACUUUACGAGUACUAAGCCAGUGAAGAAAGAGAUGAUUCUUCCUGUCUUGUCUAUGCGUAUGCCACACACGUGCUCAAAUAUGGAAGAUGGGGACAUAAUUGCUAUAACCGACUUUCUUCAACAAAGAGAUAUUUUUGCGGAUCCCAGGCAAUCUUUAAGUUAUAGCCAUGGAAAUAGUGAUGAUGAGGACUACCAGGAAUUAGAUUCUCAGAUGCCCCCCUUGGGGACGAGGGUCAAGCGUGGUCCCAGCUGGAAAUGGCAAAAUCAGGACGCAGAGGGAAUAGGCACCGUCGUGGGACACUUAACUGGAGAUGGAGAGGAAUGUCUCCGUGUAGAAUGGGACCAUGGUCAAACUUUUAAGUAUCGAUAUGGAAAGGAGAUUUAUGACGUUGUCGUAUGUGAUGAACCAAGGAUCUUGAAUAGCAGUGACCUCAUAGCUGUGGGAUGUCUUGUGGAACGAGGGCCAGACUGGAAAUGGGCAAAUCAAGAUGGCGGACCUGGAAGUAUCGGUUCUGUGUAUAGAGUGAAGGCUGACGCAACUAUUUACGUGCGAUGGCCAAAUUCAGUAAGAGGAAAUUAUAGAUUCGGAUACGAGGGAAAGUUUGAUGUUCAGAUUUGUUCCCCUUCGACGAAUGAGAUCAAACCAGAUACAAAUCCAGCAGAAAACCACGAACUUCCUUUUGAUGGUGCAACUAGUGCCUCUGUCACUAAAUCAAUGCCACGGUUACUGAGAGAGUUCGACCCCUCCGAAUCAACAAAUGGAAAUAACACACAGUUGACCAUCAAUGCUCCACAUUCCAAGAAGUCGUAUUUAGCGCUACCGAAGAGAUCCUGGAUCUGGAGAAACACAGAGGGGUGCUGGGUGCCGUAUCCUGAUGAUGUGAACGACAUCAUCAACAGGAACUACGAACGGAAUCCACAAUCUACAGUUCUGAUAUCUUUUGAUGGACAAAGCGUCAGGGUUGUUAUGUCCAAAAGCAAGCAUAUUAAUGUUACAACCAAAGAAAGCAGCGAAAUAUCUUGGAGAUGGACACAUUGACAGGGAAAUCAACUAUUCAUUCAAAUCUAUGAUCAGUUAUAUUUCUGGAGCGAAAAUCUUUCCUUUAUAUGACAGAGUUAUAAUAAUGAUAAAUUCUUUAUUUAGACAGGUCACCACAAUUUGUAUCAAGUGACUAGUAUACACUGUGGUCCUGUAUAAAACAUGAGAUAAAUGAGAGAAUAGAAAAAUAGAUAACAUAAUAUAAAAUAUAUACAUAAAAUAUGUACACGAUAUCACUGGGGGGAUAACAUAUACAAAUCUAUAUAUCACUUAUUUGAGUAAUAAUGCUGCAAGUAUGCUGAUUUCAAAGAUGUAAUAGAACCACAGUUUAUGACAGACGCAGGCAAUCGAUUCCAUAAGAUUGUGGAGUGUACCUUUAAAAAAGCGUGUCUAAUAUUCAGUUCGAACUUUUGGUAAAUAUAAAAUGCCACUAUCUCUACUUCUUGUUGUUCUAGAACUAAAUCUAGUUCUUAUAUAUAUGUCUGACGUGUUUCAUAUCGAUUGUUAGACCGUUCGUGGCACACUGAUAUUGACUACGGAUAACUCUGUUUACCUGAUGAAGAUAUAGGGUUUACGGCGGGUGUGACCGGUCGACAGGGGGUGCUUACUCCUCCCAGGCACCUGAUUCCACCUCUGGUGUGUUCAGGGGUCGGUGUUUGCCAAACUAUCUAUUUUGUAUUGCUUAAGGGAUUUAUAAGAUUGAUCACUGUUCGUUAUCUUCACCUUUCACAUAAUGAUAAUAUAUCUUUAACUACAUAUUUCGCAAUCCAUUUCCAAAAGCUCUGAAUAGUGAUAAGUUUGCGUUUUCACGUAUCUAAUUAGUUAAUUUGGAGAUAAUUAACUGUAUAGCGGUACGUGAGGAAAUGUGCUAAUUACUGUUUGACAUCCGCUUUACUGCUCCAUCCCUCUCGUGUUCUUUAAUCUUGCAGAAGAAAAUAAAAUAAGUGUUGAGUACUGUUAACAUUAAUGUAAACUGUUUUUAGUAUGUAUCUCUGUUACACAUCGAUUUGUUAUUGAACAUGCCGCCCCCUUCAAACAUAAACAGAAUAUUACUGAU